AUGUCACGCGGCAUAUCCCGAUCUAUCCCACUUGAACUUUUUACUCGGACAGCUCGCGCUUUGACAUUGGAGCUCCCCGCUUUGCCUGUUGAACGCUGUAUCCGGACUUUCGAAUUUCCUAGAGUUAACCUAAUCAUGACCUUGCUAUCUUUACCUUCUGAAAUACUGACCACCGUAUUCCUCUCACUGGAUGCGCGCUCUGCGACUAGAUUAUCAGAGGUUUCCAGGAAAUGCUUCCAAGUCUUACGGUCCUCGUCUGCCGUGCAGUACCAAAUACUUCUCGAGUUGUCUGACAUGCAUGAUUCUCCUUGCCCGAGUCCAGUUGGAUCAGCUGCACGUCUCGAACUUCUCAAGGCUCGCGAAGCGGCAUGGGCCACCAUCCAGUGUGAUUCGCAAACGACAAUGCAGAUCCAGAUGGGCGACAGAUUCUGGGACAUGAUAGGAAAUGUGAUCGCUACAUGCAAGGAUUCGACCUUCACCUUCACGCGACUCCCCUCGCCAUCGCGCGGAAUACCUCAACUACACUGGUCAACCGACCUGCCCCCUGAUAUUGAUCAUCCGGGCGAUUUCACGAUGGACUUUUCGCAAGACUUGCUGGUGGUGAUCCAAGAGAAGGAGCCUGUCGGACCAUGUUUACUUUCGAUGAAAACUGGACUCCCUCAUCCGAUGGCCCAAAGCAGUCGGUUGACUCCCAGUAUCAUCUUCAAUGACGCUCCUUCGUAUCAAAUCCGCAUAUUCGGCGACUAUGUCGCUGUCUUGUGGGAAUUCUUCGGCUCUGCCUCAAAUCGCUUGUCCGUUUGGAACUGGAAGUCCGGUGCUCUGAUGAAGUGUCUCUGCCGGGAUGAUAUCACUUCUUACGCAUUUCUGAACGAGUCUAUGCUGCUGGUUAGCAUUCUCGCUGGGCAGGUUGGCACUUGCCAGCUGUAUUCCGAGCUUUGGGUUGUUAAGCUGGACGGCCCGAUCGAAGUCAUGGUGCCCUGCCUGCGACUGGGCCUGCCUCAUCUCAGCCGUCGCUUCAAAGAUCCGGCCCUCGUUGACUUGCUCAUCAACACAGAGCCUUCUCCGUCAUGGCCAAGCGACACGACGUUCGAAGCUCCGUUUACGACAUCCCACCUGGACAGGCUUUUCGUUUUGUCCUUGGCCCGCUCAGACGGAUACGGGCCGGCCUACCUGCUCUGCAUUCGAUUAUCCGUGAUUUUUGACAUACUGUCGUUUCGGGCCGGUGAUCAAAUGAUCAGAUGGGAAGAUUGGGGCCCACCGCAGACGAGAAUGGUGAAAGUCGUCCAGCAGCCAGAUCCAUGGGUUUGUUUCGUAUAUGGCCAGCGGUGCGCCCUACUUUACGGGGACAAGUGCCAGAUCUUGGACCUCGCCUCCCAAUCGCGCCUCCCGAAACGGAUCACGCAUGAGACGGGAGUGGACGAGAGAUGUCGAUUUUUUUCCCAGCCCGUGGUCACCUCGGGGCCUUUCUCGCUACUUUCGGUCAGCAUUCCGCCGUCGGCUGCCGUCAUGUUGGCCGAGGAUGGGCUUAUCACAGUGUCGGUAAGUCCCAUCCCUACGUGUGCGAUGGAAUAUCCAAGCGAGGCCAGCCCGACAAAGAGGAUGUUCUUUUGGUCCACUCUGUGUGAUAUCCUUCAUGCCUCAAUGCGAAUGCUUGACAAAUGGAAAUCAUCUAUGAUCCUCCAAUACUGCCAGAACGAAUUCGUCGAGUCGUACUACCCCACCAUUGAAUCCACCUUUGCGAAGACCGUCAACUUCAAAGGUGCUGACUAUGACUGCGAAAUUCUGGACACCGCGGGACAGGACGAGUUCUCUAUUCUGAACUCGAAGCAUGCCAUCGGCAUACACGGCUACGUUCUCGUCUACUCGGUCACCUCCCGUACCUCCUUCGAGAUGAUCCAAAUCGUAUACGACAAGAUCAUCGACUUUUGUGGAGUGACGAACAUCCCUUGUGUCAUUGUGGGCUCCAAGGUUGAUUUGGGCGCCAGUCGCCAAGUGAAUGCCGAUGAGGGGCAGAAACUUGCCAAGGCCAACGAAGCGGCUUGGGUAGAGACCAGUGCGAAGAGCAAUCUCAACAUCGGUGCGGUUUUUGAGCUAUGUUUGAGCGAGAUCGAGAAACGUUCUCCGAAUUCGGCUGAGCCGCCUGUGAAUCGGUGUCUUAUCAUGUAGACGCCGAGGAACCCGUUCCAACCAUAUGCACACAUAGACUAAGGCGUGAGGCGUUCAUGUAAAUUUUUACCGUUUUUACCUCACCCAUUACUCCCGUUGCCUACCGGCGGCUCCUAAUUGUCGUAUAAUGACGUCCUGUACCGUUUGCGUUCGUAUGCACAUCGUAUGCUACAGA